UUUAAUAGAGGGGUGAAAUUAGAGUUGUAAUAUUGAUUUUAUCAUGAUGAGUUCUUCGUUGACAGCUUUGAUGGAGAAUAAUUUUAUGUUAACUAAUGAAAUUUGAAAAAGAUUUAAUAUUUUAGCAGAUUUUUAUUUUUAAAAACGGAAAGGUUUGAAGUAACGUUUAAGUAAACAGUGACCAAGAGUUGAUUCAUUUGGCAACAACUUGAACAAGUUACAACUAACUUGCAAGCUUACAUUUUAACUAUAAGUACUUGAGUUGGACAUAGAAAAUAGAUUAUCGUACGUUGUCAUUCAAUAAAUUCAUUGGUAGGCCAUACUUACUCGUUUUGUAUCGUAUCACAGCUCAUUGUUUUAACUUUUUAAGUUACUGCUGAGUACUGUCUAAUCUUAAUCAGUUUUAUUCAGUUAUUGAUUGACUCAUUGAGUAUUUAGACACUACUUGGGCUUAUCCGUUAAUGUAGCUCUCAUUACAUGCACGCAUAAACUUGUUUGUUUAUAUUAUAACUUGUAGGAUGUAUGUUUUUGAGAUUUAGUUGGAGUUAAUACAUUAAGUACGAAAAACUGGUGUUUAAAGUACGUGUAAUAUUAAAACACGCAGGUAAUGUUAAAGAUUAAAAAAUCGUUAGGCCUACUAAACACUGGCCAAUGUUUUGGCAUUCUGGUCAUUUUUGUAGGAAGUGAAGUCAGAGAAUUUUUAGGAUUAACAAAAUCUAAAAGUUCAUUUAAAGUGUGACAUUAAAGUACAAAAAAAAAGAAAAGAAAAAAGAGUGAGAUAAGAUUUUUCUAAGGAAAAAAGCUUUAAAAAUUCACCUUUGAACACUUCAUGCCAACAAUGUUCAAGCGUGAAAAGAAAGCUGGGAAAAUGUUUCUGGUCCGGGUAACCACAAUGGAUGCAGAGCUGGAAUUCAAACUUGAUUACAAGGCUGUUGGAAGAGAGCUGUUUGAUCAGGUGUGUCGAACUAUUGGUCUUAGGGAGGCAUGGUAUUUUGGCCUGCAAUAUAUGGAUUCUAAAGGGUUUUUUGCUUGGCUAAAACUUGAUAAAAAGGUUCAAGACCAAGAUAUCCCAAAGAAAUCUCCUGUGCCCUUCACCUUCUUAGCAAAAUUUUUUCCUGAGGAUGUUGUAGAUGAGUUGGUUCAAGAAAUUACACAGCACUUGUUCUUUCUUCAAGUCAAACAAGCCAUCCUAAAGGGAGAUAUUUAUUGUCCUCCUGAAGCAUCUGUUCUUCUGGCUUCAUAUGCCGUUCAAGCCAAGUAUGGAGAUUAUGAAGAAUCGAUGUAUAAGCCUGGAGUGCUGUCAAACGAAGACCUCCUUCCUCAGCGUGUCAUUGAUCAAUACCAGAUGACAUCUGACAUGUGGGAAGAAAGGAUAAAGACCUGGUAUGCAGACCACAAAGGGAUGACCAGGGAUGAGGCAGAGAUGGAGUAUUUGAAGAUUGCACAGGAUCUUGAGAUGUAUGGAGUGAACUACUUUGAAAUUAUUAACAAGAAGGGUAGUGAACUGUGGUUAGGAGUAACUGCGGAUGGCCUGAAGAUUUUUGAAAAAGCUAACAAAAUGAGCCCAAAGAUUACGUUUCCCUGGAGUGAAAUCAGAAAUAUUUCUUUUGAUGAUAAAAAAUUUACUAUCAAACCCGUUGAUAAGAAAAGUUUAUCUUUUGUUUUUUAUUCAUCAAAAAUCAAGCUCAAUAAGUUGAUAUUGGAUUUGUGUAUGGGUAAUCACGAAUUAUUUAUGAGACGACGUAAACCUGAUUCAAUUGAAGUACAGCAAAUGAAAGCUCAGGCCAAAGAAGAAAAGAGAAGAAGACAGAUUGAAAGGGAAAAACUUGCCAAAGAAAAGCAACUUCGAGAAAAAAUACAGCGUGAAAAGGCUGAGCUAGAAAAUGUGUUAAAGCAUUUAGAAGAUGAAGCAAGAAAAGCACAGGAGGAGGCUCACAAAGCUCAAGAUGCUCUUAAAAAGUCAGAAGAAAGUGCUGAGCUUCUGGCAAAGAAGGCUCAGAUUGCACAGGAAGAAGCCAUGCUUCUGGCUCAGAAGGCUUAUAAAACUGAGGUUGAAUUUCAACGUAUCAAAAUCAGUGCCAGUAAGACGGAGGAAGAGAAGGCCAUGUUGGAGAGGAAAGCUCAAGAAUCAGAACUUCUUGCUACACGGAUGGUAGAGGAGUCUCAGAGGAGAUCUAAAGAACUGGAACAGGUACGACAAGAGUUGGUCAAAGCCAGACUUGCUGAGAAACAAGCUCGGGAAAAAUUAACAGAAGUUUUAAAGAAUCCUUAUCAUAACAGCAACCCACCUCGUGACUUCCUUUUGGAACUACCAAAAGAGUUCAGUGACUAUGUACCAACCAUAGGCAUCAGUCCUGGUUCUAAUGGGAUACCAAACACAGGCAUCUGUCCUGGUUCUAAUGGGAUAUCUUGUGACUUAACUGUAGACACAGAUAUGGAACAGUUAACAUUACAGAUUGAACGAGAAAGGUAAGGGGUAAGGUUAUUGAAAAUGAACC